AGGCGCAAUGACAUUCUGCAUCCGAAAUUGGACGAAAUGAAAGCUAAAACGCGUAUGUCCGAACGCCGUUAGUCCGCAAUAUCCCAAUUCGCCCUAGCCUAGCGAUGUGCAUCCACUGAACUCGCAAUAACAUAAAACAAGAGGUGUCAGAACAUCAUUUUGCUGGAUUUGACUACAACAUGAGAAUUCAUCGUAUGAACAAGCCUCUCAUCGGUUAUAUUGGUCCAAGAUGUGGCGAACGAUUAGUUGACAUCCUGCAAAGAGAAACUCAAGAAAUCUCUUCCACGAGUCGUCAAUGGCGAAGAAGAGCGUGAGGGACCGUGAGGCAAAGGUCCUCACUUUUUUCUCGGAAGAGCUGGAGUUCAUCAAUUUCGAUAAGGUUUUGCUCGACCUACGCGAUAAAGAGAUUGUUACUCACAGGGAGUACCUCGCCGUCGCGAAGAUGAAUGAUUCCAAGGAAAAGGUCCUGUUUCUCUUGGAAUGCCUGCCACGAAGUGGAGACGGUGCCUUCCCCUCUUUUGUUGAGGCUUUGCAGAAGUGGGAUCACGUAGACCUAGCCAAGAAGUUGAAAGAUGGUGAGGUAUUUUUUUAAUAAAAAAUAAAAUGAUGA